CGUCAAGCUUGUGACUGGUCAUCAGUGGACGAAUCGUGUGUCGGGCGCAUUUUCAGUAAUUGUUGAUUGGAGAUCUCCAAAUAUUACACUGAUUAUUGGUUACUGUGUUUUUAUUAACUUUGGAAGCGGUUACUAAUUUUCUAAUAGCGAUUUUCCGAUAAUUAAUCUUGUUGGAAAGUCUUUCUGAAUUGUGAAAACCUCGAGGUCGCUGUGUCGUGGGAUUGAUAGGUACAAGAUGUCCGUGUGUUUCUUUGUGCCUGCUGACCAGGCCGGAACCUCAGGCGUGGCAGAAGAAGUGGACAGUGACAUCAUAGAAGAUAACUCCCAGGUCGAAUCCCCACAGCAGAGUCUGCAGCAAUUCUGGUGCAAAGUCACAGAAGACAUCAGUAAAGUUAAUGCGGAUGACUUCAAAUCCCAAGCUUUGCCUCUCGCCCGUAUAAAGAAGAUUAUGAAAUUGGACGAGGAGGUCAAGAUGAUUUCUGCUGAAGCCCCGGUGUUAUUCGCUAAAGCGGCUGAAAUAUUCAUACAUGAGCUUACACUGAGAGCGUGGGCGCAUACUGAGGAUAAUAAAAGACGAACUUUGCAGCGCAACGACAUAGCAAUGGCGAUAUCAAAGUGCGAUCAGUUUGACUUUCUGAUCGAUAUAGUUCCGCGACAAGAGGUCAAACCUAACAAGCCGCGCUACGAUCACGCGCCACGGAGUAGUCAUAUUGACCAGGUGGCCCACCAUCAAGCUGCUUUACAGAACGCUGCGCAACCACAGAUAGUUUUACAGCCGUGUGCACAGACUUCGUCAGCAACGCCAUCAACGUCAUCAAGUAACGUAGCAGUGUCUCAGCAACCAGUAACAUUAGUACAACAGGUCCUUACACCCUCCGGAGAGCUCCAGCAGUUACCGAUUCAACUAACACAAGCGCAGUUGAACAUGAUCCGACUGCAAGUACAGAAUAACCCUAACCAGCCCAUUAUAAUACAGGCACAGUCCCAGCAAUCACCACAGAUUAUUCAGGUCUCAUCCCAAGGCCAGCAUCAGCCCCAACAGCAGGUGUUCCUUGCUCAAGUAGCGACUUCACAGGACGACUCCUAGUACCACGACAACAGCACUCAGUGCGAUGCUGACUCAGACUCUGAUGAAUAGGUGAUAGUGAUAGUGUUUAGUGUUUAACUUCAGUGAUCAGUGCAGAAACUAUCAAGAAACUGGAUAAAAGAUACUUUUUUUAACAUUUCAUUAGCAUGAAUGACGAAAAAAGUGUAUAAGCUCAUCAAAAAUGACUUAUUUACUAGUAAAAACCGGAAUCCAAGAAGCUUGUAU